GAGGACGCCGAGGAGGCCGACGCCCCUGACGGCAGCGACCCCGGGGAGAGCCUCGACGGCAAGAAGACCCUGCAGAAGAAGAGGAGGCGCUCGCCCGGGAGCUGGCUCGGCCGGGCGGACCUGGCCCUCGAGGGCCUCGCGGCCGACCACGUGUGGCUGGACAAGCCGGCGUUCGACCGGGCGGAGAGCUCCUACCGCCAGCGGCUGGCGGAUGCGGCCGCGCAGGCAGCCCAGCAGGCGGCCCUGCUCCCCCGGGGGCCCUGCCCCCAUGGAAGCCAGGUGGCCUGCCACCACGUGAUCUGGGGCAUCUGGGUCAACAAGUCUUCCUUCGACCUGGCCGAGCGGGCGUUCGUGGAGUGGUCGCAGGCCUUGCUGUUGGCCGCAGCGGGGGGCGGCAGGCCGGGGGCUUGUGACGCGGGCCGGCAGGCAGCUGCCCCCGACCUGGCUCUCGUCCGCCAGCCCGGCCCACCAAGCGACAGUCGCCCCCCGCCAGGCAGCCUGCAGGCGCUGGCACAGGAGGUGUGGUUGGAGAAGCCCCGGUACGACGCGGCAGAGAGGGGUUUCUACGAGGCCAUGUUCGACGGCCACCCCCCCGGGAAGGUGCGGCUGCAGGAGCGAGCCGGCCAGGCUGAGGGGGCCAGGCGGGGCCGCAGAGACCGGCGGGGCCGCAACGCCGUGGGAAGCAAGCGGGUCGGGCCUUGGCGGGUUGACGGGGAGGCCUCCCCUGCCCUGCCUUACUGGUAUCUCCUGCACAAAGACGCUGAGGCCCCCUGGCUCAGCAAGCCCACCUAUGACAGCGCAGAGUGCCGCCACCAUGCUGCUGAGGCCCUUCGUGUGGCCUGGCGCCUCGGAGCUGCGUCCCUGGCUCACCGACCUGGUGCCCGGUCUGGCCCAUCUGUGUCCAGCCUGAGACCCAAGAAAAUGGCUACAAACUUCCUAGUGCACGAGAAGAUCUGGUUGGACAAGUUCAAAUACGAUGAUGCGGAACGGCAGUUCUACGAGCGGAUGAACGGGCCCGCGGCUGGCUCCUCGCGCCAGGAUAACGGCGCCAGCGUGAUCCUCCGGGACAUCGCCAGAGCCAGAGAGAACAUCCAGAGAUCCCUGGCGGGGAGCUCAGGCCCCGGGGCCGCCAGCGGGCCGGGCGGAGAUCACAGUGAGCUUGCCGUCCGGAUCGCCAGCCUGGAAGCGGAGAACCAGAGCCUGCGAGGCGCGGUGCAAGGUCUGCAGCAGGCUGUCUCCAAGCUGGAGGCCCGGCUGAGCGCGCUGGAGAAGAGCUCGCCCGCCCAUCGGGCCGCAGCCCCGCAGACCCAGCACGUGUCCCCCAUGCGCCAAGUGGAGCCCCCCGCCAGGAAGGCGGCCGCGGAGGACGCCGAGGACGCCAUCGACCUGUUCGGCAGCGACGAGGAGGAGGACAAGGCGGCGGCCCGGCUGCGCGAGGAGCGGCUGCGCCAGUACGCCGAGAGGAAGGCCCGGAAGCCCGCGCUGGUGGCCAAGUCCUCCAUCCUGCUGGACGUCAAGCCCUGGGACGACGAGACGGACAUGGCCCAGCUGGAGGCCUGUGUGCGCUCCGUCCAGUUAGACGGGCUGACCUGGGGGGGCUCCAAGCUGGUGCCCGUGGGCUAUGGCAUCCGCAAGCUGCAGAUCCAGUGUGUGGUCGAGGACGACAAGGUGGGCACCGACCUGCUGGAGGAGGAGAUCACCAAGUUCGAGGAGCACGUGCAGAGUGUGGACAUUGCUGCUUUCAACAAGAUCUGAGCCCAGCGCUGGGCCGCAGUGUGCAAGGCCCACAGCCAUUAAAGACUGAGAUUCCA